AUGGCCCAGAGGGUCUCUUUUGACCACAACUAUUACUUUAUGGAGUGUGAGGAGGAAACAAAUGCUGGCGUCCAGGCACGGGCCGUGGCCUCCACCUCAACCAUGGAGGCCUCGGGCGCUAUGGCGGUGGCGCAGGCAGGGGCAGCGUGCAGGAGCUAUGCCAGUCGAGGAACCAUAGGCUAUUCCGCUGUGUAUGAGCCAAAUGCCAAGGGUGAUCCGAAACAGGAGAGUGAGAGCGACACGGACGAGAGUUACGAUGAUGAAGAUGAUGAUGAAGAUGACGGUGAUGAAGAUGACUUGAGCACCAGCGACCAGGAUAGUUCAGAUCCUGAGCAGGAGGAGGCAGCUCUUUUUGUGGCUGCUGCUGCUCCUCCAAUUGCUCCUGCUGCUGCGAUUCAGAUUGCCCCACCCGUUCCGCCCGGCUUGCGACACCGGCGCCAUCGGCGUGGCUCCCCACCUCUUCCGCGGUGUGGUCGAGAAAUGGAAAGCCUGUUUGGGUGACCCGUGCCGGAUGUGCUUACAAGGGGAGAGCUUGCAAGAACUUUGAAUGUGCCUGACGUCAAAGUGAAGAUGUGGUUUAGCAAUCGGAGAGCCAAGCAGAGGAAGAAUGAGAGACAAGCAAUGCUGAGAAAUAUGCCAUCUGGUGCUGAAGACUUCAUUUUCAUGACGGAUGUGGAAGAGCCUUGUUAA